CGUCAUGCCGACCAAAAGCAUUGUGGGUAGAACAUGGGGAGAAUUGCGUAAGGUUACGGCAGGCUUCAGAACCGCUGGAUGCAGCGUGUGACCCGCGGUCCUUGGUCCUGUCGCUGCCCGCCUCCCCGCUCCCAUGCAGCGGGUCACCGGCCUGGUUGCACGCCGGCAGGUCCGCGGCCUCGCUGCCGGGGUUCAGAGCGGGAAGAGCGGCUCGAUCUGCUGCAGGCACCCGGCUGUCGGGCUCCUGCACCACCGGUGUCAACAGCGGGCGAGGUUGUGCACGGCUCCCGCCCGUCCUGUGGGCGUGAAACCCGGGCAGAGAAGCUCCGGGUGGAGGUUCGUGUUUGCCGGGGAGCAAGGCAGACUGUUCAGCUCCCAGGCUGGAGCCGAGGAGCCGCCGGGGAGCCCCGGAUCCCAGCCCCGCAUCUCCGUGGUCGGCAUCCCAGACCCGCUCACCUGGAUCCGGUGUAAAGUCAUAACGUUCCUGAUCGAGCUCUACUUUCAGGUGGACAUCAACUCUGCAGAGUUUCACAGAGGAGUGAAGCAGGCUUUGGUCCAUGUUUCCAACAAGAUGUCCAGAGGGAGAUACCACGAACUGAAAGGAGUCAUCACCGAUGAGAUGAGGGAAUAUGUGGAGGAGAAGUGCAAGUCCCUCACUAAGGCUCAGAGGAGGCAGCUUGCGGUCAACAUGGAGGACAUCAUAUUUGUGCUGCCGGAGGACAUCUCGGUAGUGUUCGAUGAGCACGGCCGCAAGUUCUGCUUCGUCGUCAUGAGGUUUUGGCUCGUCUCGUCACACGAGGGUCCCGACGACCCAGAGGGCACCAAAAUCUUCAAGGUGGCCUCUAGUGAAGACGGGAGCCCACAGAGGAAACUGGCAACUGCUGUUUACGAGUUCCACGGAGAGCUAAAAACGGGAACCUCUCCUGAUUGGAUGGUAACAACUGUUUGGCACUGGCACUGGAAAGUAGCUGAGUGAAUUCACUUUAUGACGUCACCAGGAUACAACAACAAGGAGGACUGUCUGCUAAAUGUGCAUUGUUUGGGAGAACACACUCAAAGCGGAUUUCUGUCAUAGGAGAAGAGACUUGUAGCUCUGACGCACUCAGAACUCGGCAGCAGAUUCAGUCAUGGCUGAAAAGUAUGGUAACCUUUUUGCCAAUCAUUUAAGGGUUUACAUUUAAAGGGGACAUAUCAUGCUUUUCAAAUUUAGUUUUUCACAUUGAAAACAUUCAGUUGGGGUCUAUAUAAAGUGGAACUGCAACGCUUUGGUCUGAAUUCCUAGUUAAUCUCCCCCUGCGUUGUUCUUUUUGCCCCUGUUCUGAGGUGCGCCUCAGAGCAACUCGUUUUGGUGCUGUCUCUUUAAAAUCACAGCGGAAAAUAAAAAUGGUGGAUUCGCCAAAAUUGGUAUGCUGGAAGUCCAUUACCUUGAUUAGCAGCUCGGCAGCAAAUACUGUGACGUAACUGUUCAAAAAACUUAAUAGAGAACAGAGAAAGCUGAAUGGCUUGAAAAAUAUGACCCAACUAGAAUAUAAAGAUACCUACGCAGCCCCUGGAGAGUCUACAUUGAGCUUUUCUACACUCCUACAGACUCCAAGUACACAACAAAAUGUGUUUAACGGCUAAAAAAGUGGAUUUUGCAUGAUAUGUCCCCUUUUAAAGACAUACAAAAAUCCUUAUGGUUUUUAGAAUUUGGGUAAACACAACCUCAAAUGAAUAAGGAUAGACAUGUGUCACCAUCCCACCAUUUCUAUCAUGGAAAAACCCCAAAACUAAAACUUUGAAGAGUUAACUUGAUACCAUCAUGAGACAUAAACAUUGACAGAGAGACUGUUGUUGUUGCUCAUCUAUCUGGGAAAGGUCCUAACAACAAGGAGAGAGUUGAGAUUGAACAAUUGGUCUGACCUCAAGAUGAAUGAUUGUGAUUUUCAUACACUGCUUCUGCAUUUGGGUUUUAUUCAUGACAAAUAUUGAUAUGAUGUGAAAUUUUGUUCAUUUGCGGUUGCUUUUAUCUAAUUUUUAAGACCUGUUCAAGGCUAUGCCUAUGCAAAGGAAAACAUUGAAAACAGGUAAACCUACUUUUAGCCUAACUGUAAACAAACCCAUAUCCUACUUGAACUAUUCCCUUGAUGCCUUUAACACUCCAGAACAUUUAAAUGUUAGGACAUUAAAAUUUUUACCACAAACAGUUUUUCCCCCAGCAGCUUUUCCUACAUUCUUUUGUGUCAGUAGUUCUGUUUUCAUCACCUAACCAACAUAAAGCAUGAAACCCAUUUGACAUUUCAGCAGAUUGUAAGUAUGCAAUUUCCAAACAGCCUGUAAAACCUCAACCUGUAAAAAAAAAAAAUGAUUUAGUUCAAAACCCAUUUUACCAAAGUGAAGAAUGUUACUCAGGACCGCUGAGUUUUGUAUUAUGUUCUAUAAAUAAACUGCUUGAUCUUAAGGGA